GCGCGGCGGAAGUGAAGCGCCGGGGCGGCCCGUGCUCGGCGAUGGCGUCCUCCUUGUAGCGGCGGGCGCGGCAGCAGCCGUUCCCCUCCUUCCUCCCCUCUAUCCGUCGUCGGGACCGGGCGGCGCGGCUAUGGCCAGGGGCCAGGCGGCCGCGGCAGUGAGCGGUGGAAGGCGGGCGCUGCUGCUGCUGCUGCGGUCGCGCUGCGCGGACGGCGCCCUCCCGCCCGUCGCCGCCGCCUCACGUGACGGCCGCGCGGCCCCCUCCCCCGCGCGCCGCCGCCUCAGCGAGUGGCAGCGCCCGGCCGCGCCGCGGGGCCCCGCGGCCGCCGUUACCGGCAGCGAGGGGUGGGGGAGGCGCGUCGGCGGGGCCGGCAGGGAGAGCCGCUGCGGGGAGCGGGAUGUAAGCAUCUCUGCAUCAUCGUCUUUACAAAGCAAAGGGAAUAUUUCCUUACUGGGGAAUAGGAAGCUUUUUUUUGACACUCAUGCGCUGGUAUGCCUCUUGGAAGAAAAUGGGUUCACAACUCGGCAGUCGGAGGUCAUUGUAUCUGCAUUAGUGGAAAUUAUGAACACCAACCUGGAUAUGAUUUACAAGGACAUGGUCACCAAAGUACAGCAGGAAAUUGCACUUCAGCAAGUAAUGUCCCAUAUUGGUGGCGUGAAAAAGGACAUGAUUAUUUUGGAAAAAAGUGAAUUUUCAGCACUUCGUUCAGAAAAUGAGAAAAUAAAACUUGAACUCCAGCAGAUAAAGAAGCAAGUCAUGGAUGAAAUUACCAAAGUUCGUGCAGAUAACAAGUUAAACCUAAACCUAGAGAAGAGCAGAGUAAAAGAAUUGUACUCACUUAAUGAAAGAAAACUACUUGAAAUGAGGACAGAAAUAGUGGAAUUGCACGCACAACAAGAUCGAGCUCUGACGCAGACAGACAGAAAAAUAGACACAGAAGUUGCAGAUCUGAAAACAAUGCUGGAAUCGCACAAGCUUGAUAAUAUUAAGUACUUGGCAGAUGAAAACCUGAAGACCAGAACCUGUCAAAGUCCUUAUUAACCUGUAACAGUACUGGAAAAACCAGAUGAUCACUGAAUGCUUCUUUUCCUCAGCCUGUUGAAAACAGACACAACAGUAAGAGAGACAAGCUUUUAAACUUGAUGUUUGUGACCUAUUUGGAACAUGUACAAUCAGUGGAAACCUUUCUCGUUGCUUCUGAUUUUUGUCUUCUUAAGGUGGCCUCUGGGGAAACAAAUGCAACUUUCCUUACACCUGUGACUACAUGCACCCUCAACUCAGCCAGGCCAGGGUGCUGCUUAAAUUGCAGAAGCCCCAGGAUGUGGUAGGGAAAAACUGCCUGAAUCUGAGAGGAAAGCCUUGCUGUGACACUUGCUUUUUGGUCCUGCCAGAGAGUUCCCUGAACUCGCCACAGAAGGUCUGUCAAGUUAGGAAAGUUUCCUGUAGUCUCCGCCUCUUCCAAAAAUACUCAAAAGCCAGAUUAAUCUGUCUUGCAGUGACUUUCAUGUCAUCAGAUAGAGGAGACUCUAAAGAGAUGCAAGUGCAACAGCCAGGUAAUUGUGCUAGAAGUUAGUUUUAAAAGAUGUUUCCUGUACCACUCUUAUGCAUGACCUUCUCUUUAAAAAAGUAAAUUCAAAUUAGUAUUAAAUGCAUUUUCUUAAAUAGCAUCAACUAUGGGAAAGGUUCUUUCAACUCCAUAACCUGUAUAAUCAUGAUACUUAUCUCUGAAGUUCAUAUUUGGGGUUCAACUAUAUAUCAAAAAAAUCCCCCCUAAAAGGGGGGUGGGGAUUUGUCAGAUUAAACUGUCUUGCCUUUUUUUUAUUACCUCAUGUUUAUUUCCUCAGUUACUCUUUGCAUUGUUGAAACACUCUGUGCCCCUUAGCAGCAAACAUCUCCAGUCCUGUUCCAGAUACAGGGGCCUGGCUUUGAUACUUAAUAUGCUGUGCGCCAAUCUGAUUGUUGAUUUACCAGUGAGAAUCCAAGGGAGUUCAAAAUCCUACUAGCACAAGUGGGAUUGGAGGACCAGAACUAGGACUUUUGUUUUGGAGCUGCUAGUCAAGAGAUUUUUGCAGUAUUAGAGUCAAUGCUUUGUCCAUCAUCUGAACCCUAGUAAACAAAGGGCAGUGCUUGGUAUUUUCAUGUUUAAGAGUGUCAUCUUGCAAUGCCAAAUUCAAGAAUUUGUUUCAUGCGUCUGUUGAUUUUGUAACUAAAGCACCGUUAGUCAAAUUGUUUUCCUUACUGCUUCGUAAUUGUGGGAGGAAAACAUUAAGUGGAUCAGAAUUGUGCACCACAACAAUGAAUAUAACUCUCAUUUAAGGCACAGGAUAUGAGAUAGAGGAAUCAAACUGGAGCCAGCUGAGGACAGCUCUUCUACCAGGCACUCAAGUUCCCCUAGGAGGAUUUUAUCCAACCCUUGAAACCUAAUUGGGGAUUUCUUCCAGUAGAGCUACACCUGUAGUGUAGGCAGGAUGCAGACAUUUUACCACAGUCAAGCCAUAUGCAGCUUGGUUAUACUUUGCUGCAUUCUUGGCAGCACUGAAAGAGCAUAAAUUAGUGAUUUUUUUUUUUUUUUCAUGUAUGUGUUUGUAAAAGGCACAGUACUGGAUAUUCGACAUCACUGAGGAGCCAAAAUACAUAUACAGUGGUAAUGACCUUCAGGAUGUGGAAGAAAAUGUUCUGUCACUUAAUUAUAAGUUAAUAAAUAGAAUAACAAUUCAGGCCUUGUUAAUUUGACAAUGUCUUUAAAUUCAAUAGAGUAGAUACCUGGCCCCUUCCUGCCAUGCUUUUUAAGUUCUGCACUAAGCUUUGGAGGCUAGGUAUUAUACCUGUACAGUAUGUCCUUUCUUCUCAGUUAAAAAUUAAAGUAAAAGGUCAUCUUGAACAGGCUCAGAAACUGUACAGGGUUGUGAUAAAAUAUGAGGCUAACUCUAGUUGUGUACAGCCCCUCCUCCUCUUCCUACCUUCCCCUGCUUUUAGGACCUAUAUUAAAAGGAAGGAGAGUUGUCUUUCAGGCAGCAUUGAUGUCCACCUCCAGUGCACCUCCUGAAAAGGUGUCGCUGGAUGUGUCAUUGUUAGCAUUCAUUUCGUCAGAAACACAAAGAACCCCUGCUUGCCAGAGCCAGAAAACACAGGCGCAAAUAACCAUCACUUGGUACUUCUUGCUGGCCAAUUUUUAACUACUGCUUUCACACACAUUUGUUACUAGCCGUUCAUUAAUGAGCAAUGAUUAGUUCUUUGUUAUGGGGCAGGGGUCCUAAACUUUUCCUGCACUGUUGCCCCAGCAGCAUUUGCUGGUCUUGUCUUCCAGUUCACAUCAAUCCUGCCUGAGCUAAUCCUGAACUGUAAGCAUAUACCUGACCAAGGAACCUUUAAAAGAUCUGUGUGGCUGCAUUUAUAGUCUCUGUGGUUAGACGUUGUUAUAAUACCUUCUUUUCCUGCAUUUUUCACUGUACUUCAGUAUUACUGUACAUAAGAUUGUGCCACUUUAAUUAUGGAUCAUGCUUCCACUUAAACUGAUAGAGAAUCCGUAUUAAAAGUUUGAAAGAGAAGUUGCUGCCU